GUACAUUCUCCUUCUUGAACUUCACUCUAAAGCUAACUAGAAAACCUGCAGCAUAUGGAUCCAUGUAUUUCGCUUCCUACCCAUUGUAUUUUACCGUUGCCUUGACUUCUUUUGGAUUCAAAGAUCAAAUAGGUGUACGAAUCACCCUCUGCACUUCUGGAAUAUCCGCAUCUGUACUACAAUGGAUAGCCAUCUAUUCAAGACUUCCUCCUGUUUGGUACCUUACGUUUUUAGAUCGCUGGAGCUUCAUCCAUAUUGUUAUCAUUGGAAUUAUGCUAGUAUAUCAUUCACUUUGGUAUAUGUUAUUACAUCAGUCUCGAAAGGAACAAGAUCAGUUUGAGGACUUAAUUAAGGAAGCGCAAGCUGAACAGAUGAACGAAAGCAAUUGUAAAACUCUGCCUGAAUUCAAUGAACUAUUGUCAGACAGGUCUGCAAAGAAAUUAACAACAGCUUUACAGAAAGAGAAGGAAUAUGCUGACGACCCGAACGAGUAUUUCAAAACACACCUAAACCGUUUUUUUAAUGACAUACUAAAAGAAGUGGAGCCUGAACUAAAAGACAUACAAGAUUACAAAACUCUGCCUAAAUUCUUUGAACAAUUUUCGGUCAAGGCAGCAAAGAAAUUAAAAGAAGCUUUACUGAAAGAGACGAAAUAUGCUGACGACAUGAACGAGUAUUUCAAAAGACACCAAUUCAGCUUUGUAAGUUCCUGAUAUGUAUUUAAGUUACCGUCUACUAAUUCAGUUCCCUUUUUUUUUAUUUCGUAUAAACAAUAAAAUCUUGUGACCUUAUUUUCAGUACUUUAUUUCAAUGAUAUGAAAACUAUAUAUGGUCAUUUAGUAUGACAUGUCUUCUUAUUAAAACUAUUGACAUGUUAUAUUACAUAUAAGAAAACUAAUCUGUUCUGAAAAGCAACACCUUCUGAAAAUGCUCCUAUGUAAAUAACCGUUCUCAAAGAAUAAAACUAAUACCUGGAAAUUCACAAUGAAAAUAGUCUUGAUCAUUUCUCAAUACGAUAAGCAAUAAAGCUAAGCCAGAAAUAUAACU